AGUCGCUCGUUUUUGCGCGUCGCUCGGCUGAACUGUUGCGCCUCGAUCUGCGCCACUUUGCGUCAUGUUUCCCACUCAGGACCCCCGGCGGCCGGUUUAAACUUUUGCAAAGUAUCGAAAAGGCUUACCACAGGAGAUCUGGGAUACUUUUAAUCCGAGAAAGGAGAGACAUGAGCGAGGAGAGUAAAGGAGAGAGCGGGAAGGAUGUGGAGAAGCAGCUGCGCCUGCGCGUUUGCGUGCUGAGGGAGCUGCUGCACACGGAGCGCGAUUAUGUGGAGACUCUGCACUUCCUCUCGGAUGCUUUUCUGCAUCGCCUCCACCAGUACGCCGCUGCCAAGAUGGACAAGAACAUCACAGAGGAGACGGUCAGGGUGCUGUUCUCCAACCUGGAGGAGAUACUGUGUGUGCACAGGGACUUCCUGUCCAUGGUGGAGGACCUUCUCCUGCCGGAGCCGCACCCUCACCAUGAAGUAGGACGCGGCUUCCUUCACUUUAGAGGCAGGUUCCAGAUUUACGACGAGUACUGUGGAAACCACGAGAAGGCCCAGAGGCUUCUGCUGGAGCUCAACAAGAUCCAGAGCGUCCGCACGUGUCUCCUGAACUGCAUGUUACUGGGAGGGAGGAAGAACACGGAGGUUCCUCUGGACGGGUACCUGGUCGCCCCCAUCCAGAGGAUCUGCAAGUACCCGCUGCUCCUCAGAGAGCUGCUGAAGAGGACGCCGAAGAAGCACAACGACCACGCCCUGAUCCAGGAGUCCCUGCAGGUCAUGAAGUCGGUCUGCUCCAGCAUCAACGAGGCCAAGAGGCAGAUGGAGAAGCUGGAGGUUCUGGAGGAGUGGCAGUCCCACAUAGAGGGGUGGGAGGGUUCGAACAUGACAGACUGCUGUACGGAGAUGCUGAUGCAGGGCGUCCUGCUGAAGAUCUCGGCGGGGAACGUCCAGGAACGCGUCUUCUUCCUCUUAGAUAACCUGCUGGUCUACUGCAAGAAGAAGAACAGACGUCUGAAGAACAGCAAGGCUUCUGCAGAGGGCCCGAGAUACCAGUUCCGGGGCCGAAUCAACACUGAAGUCAUGGAGGUGGAGAACGUGGAUGAUGGGACAGCGGAUUACCACAGCAGCGGGAACAUCGUCAACAACGGCUGGAAGAUCCACAACACGGCCAAGAACAAGUGGUUCGUGUGCAUGGCCAAAACUCCCGAGGAGAAACAGCAGUGGCUGGAGGCCAUUCUGAAGGAGCGAGAGAGGAGGAAGUCGUUGAGGUUGGGCAUGGAGCAGGAUACGUGGGUGAUGAUUUCGGAGAAGGGCGAGAAGCUCUACCAGCUGAUGAGCAAACAGGGUCACCUGAUUAAGGACAGGAAACGCAAACUCACCACCUUCCCCAAGUGCUUCCUGGGCAGUGAGUUCGUGUCCUGGCUGAUGGAGAUCGGAGAAACCGACAACCCGGAGGAAGGUGUUCACCUGGGUCAGGCUCUGCUGGAGAACGGCAUCAUUCACCACGUGACGGACAAACACCAGUUCAAGUCUGAGCUGGUGCUCUACCGCUUCCGCUACGACGACGGCACGUACCAUCCACGCAGCGACAUGCAGGACGUCAUCUCCAAGGGUGUGAGACUGUUCUGCCGUCUACACAGUCUCUUCACUCCGGUGAUCAGGGAUAAAGAUUAUCACUUAAGGACGUAUAAAUCUGUGGUGAUGGCCAACAAGCUGAUCGACUGGCUGAUAGCUCAGGGGGACUGUCGGACGAGAGAGGAAGCUUUGAUCUUGGGGGUGGAGCUGUGCGACAACGGCUUCAUGCAUCACGUUCUGGAGAAGAGCGAGUUUAAGGACGAGCCCCUGCUGUUCCGCUUCUUUGCCGACGAGGAGAUGGAGGGAUCCAACACCAAGCACAAACCCCUGAAACAUGACCUGAAAAUCGUUGAAAAUGUCAUCGCCAAGUCCCUGCUGAUCAGACCCAGCGAGGGCGGUUACGGCUUCACCCUGGAGGACCGGAACAGAGUUCCUAUUAUCAAAUCUGUGGAGAAGGGUUCUCACGCUGAGAUGGCUGGGAUGGAGGUGGGGAAGAAGAUCUACGCCGUUAACGGAGAUCUGGUGUUCUUACGGCCGUUCCACGAGGUGGAGACGUUCCUCAGGCAGUGCUUUAACAGCGGGGGUCCUCUCAGGGUGCUCGUCAGCACCAAACCUCGAGAGACAGUAAAGAUCCCAGACUCAGCGGAUGGAUUAGGGUUUCAGAUCCGAGGCUUCGGCCCAUCUGUGGUGCACGCUGUCGGCAGAGGCACGGUGGCGGCGGUGGCGGGUCUGCACCCGGGUCAGUGCAUCAUCAAGGUCAACGGGAUCAACGUGAGCAAAGAGAGCCACGCCAGCGUCAUCGCACACGUCACGGCCUGCAGGAAAUAUCGGCGACCCACACAGCAAGACUCCAUUAAGUGGGUGUAUAAUAACAGCGAGAGCGCCCAGCAGGAGCACCAGAGGGGCAGCCGGAAACCCAACGCCCAGGAGAACGGGGGCGGCUUCGACUGCAAAGUAGAAGAGGUCAUGGACAGGUUCAACACCAUGGCCCUGAUGGACGGGAGGAAGGACCAGGUGAGCCUGACGGUGGACAACGUUCACCUGGAGUACGGCGUGGCGUACGAGUACGACAGCACGGCCGGCAUCAAGUGCCACGUCCUGGAGAAGAUGGUGGAGCCCAAAGGUUUCUUCAGCCUCACCGCCAAGAUCCUGGAGGCCUUGGCGAGGAACGACGAGCAUCUGGUGCAGAUGUGCACCAGGAUAAACCCGAGCUCUGAGGAACUCCCCGAGGAACUGCAGCUCAGGUUCAGCUCCAUGUGCACAGAGAGACUAGAACACAUAAACCGCCGAAUCACCAACUACAGAAAGUUCGCGCGGGUGCUGAGGAACAGAGCCUGGCCGACGUUCAAGCAGGCCAAGACCAAGGUGUCGCCCCUGCACAGCAGCGAUUUCUGCCCCACUAACUGCCACGUCAACGUCAUGGAGGUGUCCUACUCCAAAACCACCACGUCCCUGGGCAGCGCCUUCGGGGUGCAGCUGGAUAACAGGAGGAACCCCACGCUGGAGACGGGAAGUCCUGGCACACAGACGGGGAAGCUGAACCCCAUGGUGUACGUGCAGCACUGCAUCACCAGCAUGGCGGCGCCGUCGGGGCACAGCCUGGGCAGGACGGAGGGGCACGGCCUGCGCUUCCUCCUGCCCGAGGAGGAUCUCCUCAUGGUGGACGCCUACCACAGACUCCUCGCCAAACUCUGCGCCGCCGUCAAGGAGAUGGAGUGUUACGCCGGCCAGAUUCACGAUUUCCUCUCGUCCAUCACUCACCCCAGCAGUGGCAGCAGCAGGGGUGAAGCGAAGGCCUGCGAGAGCGUCAUUUCUGCCGACAGCGAGAGCGACAAGGCCGAGCGCAACUCCAAACGCGUGUGCUUUAACGUAGCCGGAGACGAACAGGAGGACUCGGGCCACGACACCAUCAGCAACCGAGACUCCUACAGUGACUGUAACAGUAACAGGAACUCCAUCGCAUCCUUCACCAGCAUCUGCAGCAGCCACUGCAGCUCCUACGUCCACAGCGACGAGAUGGACUCAGGAGACGAGGCGCCGCCCAGCGUGUGGAUCUCUCCGGACAAGCAGAAGAAGCUGCACGGCUUCCUGGAGCAUCUGUUCACUCAGGUGGAGUCCAUCGCCAGCCUUCUCAAGGGGGGCACCGUCGCCCGGGCCUUUGAGCAGACCAAGUUUUUCACGCCGGCUCGUGGACUACAAGAGUUCCUGCAGGACGUGGAACCCAAGAUCAACAGCACCAAGAAACUGCGUCUGCAGGUCAAGCAGGAUCUGUGGAACCUACCAAGCAGCGUCCACACACACACACAUCACAUCAGCAGACUGGUGGAAGAGGUGAAGACGAGGCUGAUGCUGGUCUUACUCCAGUAUACCGACUCGGAGGUCCAGCUCAGGAGGGACAUGGUGUUCAGUCAGAGUCUGGUGGGCGCGGUGUGUGGAUUUUCCGAGCACCUUCAGGCCACGUUGAAUCGGCUCCUGAGCGGCGAGAGCGAAGCUCAAGAGAGUCGACGCUGGCUAGAGCAGAUCUCCCAUACCGGCCUGCUCCUGCACUUCCAGUCCCUGCUCUCUCCGAACCUGACAGAUGAACAGGCCAUGCUGGAGGACACACAGGUGGCGCUGCUGGACCUGGAGAAGGUCUCCUUUCACUUCAGACCAUUAGAUGGAGAACCACUCACUGCCAACACGCCCAUCUCAUACCAGGUGGAGGGCACACGGCAGGCCAUGAAGGUCUUCUUCUACCUGGAGGGUUUUUACUUCGAUCUGCUUCCUCAGAGACUGAGACAUGGUGACGGGUUCAGGAUCCUCCCCGUCCUCUUCACUCAGGCGCUGGAGAGCAUGGAGGGUUAUUACUACCGAGACAGCGUGUCAGUGGAGGAACAUCAGGCUCAGAUCAACGCCGCAUCGCUCGAGAAGGUCAAACAGUACGACAAGAGACUCAGGGCGUACAAUCUGGACAUGUCCAACCUGAGCACAAACUCGGCCCCCAAAGCCGCCUUCAUCGAUAAGCUCAUGUGCCCUCUGAACGCCCUGGACGAGCUCUACCGGCUGAUGGAAAGUUUCAUAUCGUCCCGGCGUACGGCCGCGUGCCAGUUCACGGCGUGCCGGGCGUCCGGGGUGGGCCUGCUCACCGUGGCGUCGGAGCUGUGCGCUCGGCUCGGGGCGUGUCACAUCGUCCUGUGUAACAGCGGAGUUCACCGGUGCACCCUGAGCGUAACCCUGGAGCAGGCCAUCGUCUUGGCCCGUAGUCACGGUCUGCCUCCCCGCUGCAUCAUGCAGGCCACCGACGUCAUGAGGAAGCAGGGCGCCAGAGUGCAGAACUCUGCCAAAAACCUGGGAGUGAGAGACCGCACUCCGACUUCGGUGCCAAGGUUGUAUAAGUUGUGCCAGCCUCCACCCCCGGACGGUGACCCCUGAUCUCUGAUGGUUACGAGUCGUCCAGGAUGGACCCCGGAGCAGGCUCAGACAUUUCUUCAGUAGAAAGUCUGAGGGAUCUGCCAUAUCUGUGCCUGGCAUCACCAGGAACUUGAAACAAGUGUGGUGUGUUUGUUCUCUGGGGUGCCGACGAACCUUCCGGAAGGGUGGCGGGUGCCAAUCAAGGAGGCACCUCAGACUGUACCAGUUGUAUACCAGAAAUAUUAAAUAGGAGGGAAAAUGUAGAUUAUUUGUACAUUAUUUUUAUAAAAAUGGAUGUGAGUGGCUGAAAGCCUUUAUACCAGGGGUGCACACCGGAGUUCACCUGCAGCCACGCCCAUCCUUCAUAGAGGAGAUUGGACACCCCUGCUUUUAUACUCUGUGCUGAUGUUUAUUCUUUUGAUGUUUUAUGUAUAAUGGUAAGCAGAUGGUGGGUGGCCAAAAAUCUUAGAUGACUAGUGAACACGCUCCUGUUUUGCAUUUUUCAUUAAUUAAAUAGUUAAUUAAUUAAUUAUUUGUCUGUUUUGCCACCGCUUUAUCCUGUUAAGGGUCACGAUGGGUCCGAUUCACCCUAGACAGGUCGCCAAGUCAUCAUAGAGCCAACACACACACUCCCACACACACUCAUACCUAGGGAGGACUUUAGCAACUCCAGUUAACCCGACUGCACAUCUUUGGACUGUAGGAGGAAACCGGAGCGCCCGGAGGAAACCCAUACAGACACAGGGAAAGAAUCAAACCCAUGACCUUCUUGUCAUGAAGCAACAGUGCUACCCACCGUGCCAGCGAGCCACCACAGUACAAAUCAUAUAAUCAGAAAAACAAAAGGUAAAAUUAAGCACAAGUAAGCACAUUCGUGAAAGUAGGAAGUCACAUGAUUCCUAUUUAUCCGGGCUUGGGACCGGCACUGUAGGUGCACUAAUAUGUAUGUGCCCCGUAAUGAUUAGGUUCACCUAUCGGCAAUAAAUAUUUUCAUAAAUGUGACACACCAUUCUCAUUCAAAUUGUUUUGCUGAUAUUAUUUAUAAUGAGAAACGGAUUUAAUUCAAGAAAAAUGUGAAAUAGAAGCAUCGGACUGCUGUUCUUAGACUUUUGGUGCCCACGGUAUGAAUAUAAAUAUUCCUAAUUAACACAAAACAUUAAGCUAAAUAAUCAGAGUGGAUAUAAUGUACUGUAGGUCCUUAUAAAUAUAAAUAUAAAUAUAAUCUCAUUAUAAUUUCUGCUCUACACACAGUGUACACAGUAUAAGAUGUAUAGGGUGUGUAUCUGAAGCGCUCAGUACUCAGGAGGAAUUCUAUAUGAUGCUAUAAAGUGUCGGUGUUUGUUAGAAUGUUGCAGACAAAUGUCUUAUUUUUAUGCAAAUAAAGGAAGGAGAAAACAUCUCCGCAGGCUGUU